AACUUUAAUAAAGGUGAUAAUAAUGAAAUGUGUCCUUCUCCUUCCAUGGUUGAUUCCGCCUUCCCACCCUGACCACCGACUUGGGUUUAAGAAGAAGUAGGUCUGUUCAUAAGUGACAAUGGGGUCGAAAAGGCUUCCUGCUUUCAACCAUUCCAACAACAACGAUAAUAGAGAAAAGAAACCUAACCGUAAAGAGAUUCUUGAGAAGAAGAAGGCAAUUGAUGAUCUUAUCAAAGCAGCUUCUGCUGAUAAACACCCACUUGAUUCUUUCCCAUCCUUUCGUCAUUUCCACAAGAAUGGCCUAUCUGUAUACUUGGAGUCAGGGUGUGGGGAUAAACUCUCCUCUCCUACUAAGCAAUACAUCAUGGGUCUUCUUAAGGCCAAUAUGGAGGGGCCAUAUGGAUCUCAGUGGCCAACAGAAGAGAAGGUGAAGCGAAAGGAAAUGGUUAUGCCAGAAGCGCGUUACAUAUUUGUGCAUGAGGCUCCAAAUGCAAGUUCUGAUGAGAUCUUAACAAUGUCAGAAAGGAAAGAAACUCUUACUGUUUGUUUACAAAAUAGGGGAUCCAUGGUUGGAUUUGUACAAUAUCGCUUUACUCUAGAGGAAGAGAUACCUGUUCUUUAUGUGUAUGAAUUACAGCUUGAGCCUCAUGUCCAGGCGAAGGGACUAGGGAAAUUUCUAAUGCAACUUAUUGAGCUUAUUGCUCGCAAGAACCGCAUGGGUGCUGUGGUGCUAACUGUCCAAAAAGCAAAUUUAUUAGCUAUGGAUUUCUAUUUAAAUAAGCUCAGAUAUAUAAUAUCAACUAUUUCACCAUCAAGAGUUGAUCCAUUGAUAGGAGAUGAGAAGUCUUAUGAAAUUCUUUGCAAAGCAUUUGAUUGUGAAGCUGAAGCUAUCUUUGAGGUAUGAGAAAAGAUUUGAGUUUGGGUUGCAAGAAGAUAAGAAGGAACAGAAGAUCUACCCGCAAUCUGUGAACAGUGCAUGUAAACAAUAUUGUGAACAUUGAAAAAAUAUCAAAGAGAAAUGAAAGAGAUAAGAGAAAAUAAGAAAAAGAGAAAAAGAAGGCCAACCUGUCUCAAUACUCGCACUCAAUUUUAUUAAUAAACUCUUCUCUUGUUUGAAUACA